AUGAUAGAAUCCAGUGCUAGUGGACCAAAAGUGCAAGCAGUGAAAAGCAGUCUUAGUUAUCGGGAGCAAUAUAAAAAGCCGAAUGAACAAAGGUGUCCCCAGCCGUCUCAAGGGAACCACAAGAACAGGCCAGCUACUCCAUGCUGGAAGUGUGGUGCCAUGCAAAAUUCAAAGUUCUGCGGAUUUCGGAACCACAAAUGUGCAGAUUGUCAUCAGGUGAGUCAUAAGGAAGGGUAUUGCUCAAGCGCCCGACGUCCCCUCAAAUCGGUCAAACAACGGAAUGGAAAUUUGUCUAUUCAAACCGUUACGCUAGCUGUUAGUAGUAUACAGUGCAAGCGACGAUAUGUGUGGGUCAAAAUAAAUGACGUGCCUGUUCGUCUGCAGCUAGACACAGCAUCAGAUAUUACUAUAAUUUCUGAACAAGUGUGGAAGCAGAUUGGCCACCCGGCAGCAAAUCCCACCACACAAACAGCCAAAUCUGCAUCUGGUGAGAAGCUAGGCCUGUUAUACGAAUUUAUUGGUAAAGUUUCAUUAAAUGGAUGCACCCAAAAUGGCCGUUUAUUCGUGUCGGGAAAUUCACUUAAUCUUCUGGGUAUCGAUUUAAUCGAUAAAUUCAAUCUGUGGUCACUGCCUAUGGACAAAUUUUGUAAUAAAAUAGAAAGUGCUGCUCAGGAUAUAAGUGCUUUGAAACGGGUGUACCCUGAGCUUUUCAGCAAUAAGCUCGGGCUUUGCACAAAAACAAAAAUUGUGCUGUCUUUGAAGGAUGCAAGCAAACCUGUUUUCCGACCCAGGAGACCUGUAGCAUACGCAAUGCAAGCUAUAAUUGACGAAGAGCUCGACCGUUUGGAACGGUUAAAUAUUAUUUCAUCUGUGCAGUACUCAGAGUGGGCUGCACCGAUAGUUGUUGUACGAAAGGCAAACGGCACUAUCCGUAUAUGCGGUGAUUACUCAACUGGGCUCAAUGAUCAGCUUCAGUCACAUCAGUACCCACUACCGUUGCCGCAGGACAUUUUCUCAAAAUUAUCAGGUUGUACUGUCUUCAGCCAAAUUGAUUUAUCCGAUGCAUUCUUGCAGAUGGAGGUAGAUGAGGAAUGUCGGAAGUUGUUAACCAUCAACACGCACCGGGGACUGUAUCAAUACAAUAGGCUCCCUCCUGGCGUAAAGGCGGCUUCAGGCGCGUUCCAGCAGAUGAUCGACACUAUGCUGGCCGGUCUAUCGAAUACGUCAGGAUAUUUAGAUGACGUGAUUGUUGGUGGUAGAGAUGAAAACGAACAUUCACGUAACUUGCACGCAGUACUGCACCGAAUUCAAGAGUACGGAUUCACUAUUCGCCUAGAAAAGUGUGCAUUCGGACAGCAUAAAAUCCGAUACCUAGGGCAUAUGCUAGAUCGCCAAGGCCUUCGGCCAGACCCAGAUAAGAUCCAAGCUAUUAAAGAUAUGCCUGCUCCCAAGGACCUCACAGGUGUUCGCUCUUUUCUCGGAGCAUUGAACUAUUACGGUAAGUUCGUGCCGAAUAUGAGAACACUGCGCUACCCUUUGGAUGAACUUUUAAAAUCCAGCACAUCUACAUUCAAGUGGACACCAGCAUGCCAGAGUGCAUUUGAAAAAUUUAAAGCAAUUCUGUCCUCAGAGCUCUUACUGACACACUACGAUCCGAUGCAGGAGAUAGUUGUUUCGGCUGAUGCUUCGUCGAUCGGUGUUGGAGCAACAAUAAGCCAUAAGUUCGCAGAUGGCCAAAUGAAGGUGGUUCAACACGCGUCCCGCGCCCUCACUGCAGCUGAGCAGCGAUAUUCACAGCCAGACAGAGAAGGACUGGCUAUUGUCUUCGCUGUUACAAAAUUUCACAAAUAUAUAUUUGGUAGAAGAUUCCGAUUGCAGACAGAUCAUGCACCGUUAUUACGGAUAUUUGGCUCUAAAAAGGGCAUACCGGUUUACACUGCAAACCGGCUCCAGCGGUGGGCUUUAACGUUGCUGUCAUAUGAUUUUUCGAUAAAAUAUAUUUCAACUGAGAAAUUUGUGAACGCUGACGUGCUAUCCAGGCUUAUCAACCAGCAUAUUAAGCCAGACGAAGAUUUCGUUGUUGCAUGUACCUCGUUGGAAGAAGAUUUAAGGUCAGUAAUAGUCAGUAGCACUAAAAACUUACCUCUCAGUUUUAGAAUGGUAGAAGAAGCCACGAAAUGCGAUCCGACUCUUAGCAAACUAUAUCGAUUCGUGAGCGAUGGUUGGCCUAAGAAGCGAACGGAUGUCAAAGAUUGGGAGAUGCAACGCUAUUUUGACCGCCAAGAAGCCCUCUCAAUUGUGCAAGGCUGUGUUAUGUCUGGAGACCGUUUAGUUAUCCCAGCACAGUAUAGAAAGCGAUGCAUUAUCCAAUUGCAUAAAGGUCUUCCAGGUGCACAACGGAUGAAAGCCAAUGCACGUAGCUUCGUCUUUUGGCCAGGCUUAGACGAACAAAUAGUCGACUUUGUAAAGGCUUGUCACCAAUGUGCAUUAGCAGCGCGUUCGCCACCAAAGGCAGAGCCACAAUCAUGGCCCAAAUCGACAGCUCCAUGGCAAAGGAUUCACAUCGACUAUGCCGGUCCUCUGGAAGGAGAAUAUUACUUAAUCGUUGUUGAUUCAAACACUAAAUGGCCGGAAAUUUUCCCAACGAAACUGAUAACAACGAAGGUAACACUCAGCUUGCUUCAAGAUUUAUUCGCCAACAAAGGAAUGCCAGAGAUUCUUGUGUCGGACAACGGCACGCAGUUCAAAAGUUGGGAAUUUGAGGAAUUUUGUUGCCAGAGCGGCAUCAGGCACAUAACGACAGCACCUUUCCACCCACAAUCGAAUGGCCAGGCCGAACGGUUCGUGGAAACAUUCAAACGAGCCAUCCGAAAAAUCCAGGAAGGGAAAGGUACGAUCAAGCAGGCUUUAAAUACGUUUCUUCUCACUUACCGAACAACUCCGAAUCCAAAUGUGCCAGAUGGCAAGUCACCAGCAGAAGCUAUGUACGGCAGACCGAUAAGAACUUCACUCGAAUUGCUGCGACCGCCCCGUAGAUUAGUACCACAACCAGUGUCAGAUUCGCCUGCCUUGCGACCCAUUAACAAGGAAGAUAAGGUUUUCGGAAGAUAA